AUGUGGAUUCUCGCUGGUUUAUUACUCGUUUCUUUGGAGACCCUACUCCUCGACUUUGCUUCUGGUGGAAAAUGUCAGCCGCUCAACACAACUUUGUUCAAUAGCUGCGUACAGGCGGGUUAUUAUAAUUCUUCCGCAUUUGAUUCUGGCAGACAAGGAGAACUUGCAAGUCUUAUUUUCAACAUGCAGAAGAGGUUUAACUGCUCUUCGUUGACUAAUCUCAUGACUUGUUCGCUUUAUCUUCCAAUUUGCCAAUCGACGAAGCUACCUUGCAAAAGUACGUGCAAGAAGUUUCUCUCUGACUGUAGGAACGUAUCAAGCGAAAACGAUGGAUUAAAAGCAUUAUUCCGCGGCCUUUGCGGGGUUCUUCCGUCGACCCGAUGUACGUCACAUUCAACCCAUUCUAACGACAGUGGCACGGAUAAUUCUGGUAAGUAAACGAAAAUUUCACGGUAGUGUAUGCGGGCCAAGGUUCGAUGUGCAAUACAAUUAUGCCUGGCGGGUUACAAGGAGAUUUGAAUAUUUAAACAAUUUUCUUUCAACCGUGGUAUUUGUUACCGCUGAACGUUACACAAAACUGAUUGCAAUAUCAACAAUUGUGCAUAACCUCGAGGAUCACGCUAAAAACAUGCGAUUGUCAUGCAUCGAUGAUUCUACGCUCAACAUUUGGCGCGGUUUCAAAAAUCGAAGCCAUGAUAAGAAGGUAUUUUUAAUUUUGCAGGUGUCCUCCUACUCUCGUAUGCAAAAUAAUAAAGACAUAUUUGUUUUCACUUUCGCUGUUUGCUUUCUAACUGAACUGAAAUUACUAUAAAUUUUUUCUAAAAUAUAUUUUUAAAGUUUGAUUGCAGACAGUUUCUUUUUGCCCAAAAGUAUAUGCUUAAGCGUCACUCAAAAGAAGACCUCAAAAUAUAAAGUUAUUUGAACUUUUGUUGUGUUCUUUAUGUAUAUUCAUUUUUCAGAUAUCACAUGUCACAAGCUUGUUUUGAAAAAAUGUCAGAAUAUGGGCUAUAAUUCUACAUCUGUUACGACUAAAUAUCAGAAGUUGGUGGAGUCAAGUACUAUCUUCCAUCAAGUCGAUAGCAACUCAACAAAGCUUCGAAAAGUUAUCUGCAUGGAGAUAGCGCCGCCAUGCGAUAAACAAAACAGCGGUAAAUUACAAGUUCCCUGUAGGUCUUUGUGCAAUGAUGCAUUUAACGAGUCACGCUCACAGUUUAUGAAAGUCUUCAAAAACCAGAGAUACUGCUCAGCUUUGCCGAAUGCAACCACGAGUAGACAAGAGUUGCGCCAACUCAAGACUUGGCCGGAUAAUGUUUAUUAUCCCAGCGGUUUGUGGAUGUCUCUUAAUAAGAAAGGUAUUUUACGGAUUUUUUAACUUCCAAGACCUAUUUUUUCUAAAAGCAAGUAGUUAAUAGUUUUAACGUCUUUGUUUAUGUCUGUAUCUGUAAACCAAAACAACUCAACUAGUCAUGCAUCAAAUGUCACGAAUUUUAAACACGCUUAAAUGGUCAACUCAUGCCCUUACGUCCUCACCAAUAGCUGCCACUACCGCGCACCAGUCAACAAAAAAAAUGUCUACGCCUGCACCUUCUGCUACAGGACCCACCGGUGUUACAUCUGGAAUCAGUGGAAAUACCUCUUCACCAUCGAUUAUGAUAAUCGCGCCAACAUCAACGAUCGAGGUAACCACGCCUGAAACGUCGACCUCCAAAACCGUGUCGCCUGCGUCCACCACUGAGGCACCCAUACCUUCACCAUCGGGUAAGGCAACCACGCCUGCAACUUCUACUGAUGAAACCAUACCGGCAGCACUUAGCACUAAGGCUGCCAAACCUUCACCAUCGACCAAGGUAACCACGUCUGCAUCUCCUACAAAUAAACCCAGCUCACCUGUGCCUAGUACUGAGGAAUCCACAUCUUCGCCACCAACCACGGACAAGACGUCGGCUUCGACGAAAAAGGUAACCACGCCUGCAUCUCCUAUUAAUAAAUCCAGCACACCUCUGUCUAGCACUGAGAAAACCACAUCUUCGCCACCAACCACGAAGAAGACGUCGGCUUCGACGACAAAGGUAACCACGCCUGCAUCUCCUACUAAUAAAUCCAGCACACCUCUGUCUAGCACUGAGAAAACAUCAUCUUCGCCACCAACCACGGGCAAGACGUCGGCUUCGACGAAAAAGGUAACCACGCCUGCAUCUCCUACUAAUAAAUCCAGCACACCUCUGUCUAGCACUGAGAAAACAACAUCUUCGCCACCAACCACGGACAAGACGUCGGCUUCGACGAAAAAGGUAAUCACGCCUGCAUCUCCUACUAAUAAAUCCAGCACACCUCUGUCUAGCACUGAGAAAACAACAUCUUCGCCACCAACCACGGGCAAGACGUCGGCUUCGACGAAAAAGGUAACCACGCCUGCAUCUCCUACUAAUAAAUCCAGCACACCUCUGUCUAGCACUGAGAAAACAACAUCUUCGCCACCAACCACGGACAAGACGUCGGCUUCGACGAAAAAGGUAAUCACGCCUGCAUCUCCUACUAAUAAAUCCAGCACACCUCUGUCUAGCACUGAGAAAACAACAUCUUCGCCACCAACCACGGGCAAGACGUCGGCUUCGACGAAAAAGGUAAUCACGCCUGCAUCUCCUACUAAUAAAUCCAGCACACCUCUGUCUAGCACUGAGAAAACAACAUCUUCGCCACCAACCACUGACAAGACGUCGGCUUCGACGACAAAUGUAACCAUGCCUUCGCCUAUUACUACGCCCACAUCAAGAACCAAAGGAACCGAAAAAGGUAAGACCCGAUCAGGGAGACUUUUGUCAUGUCAUCCUCGGAAUUAAUUGAAUCGCAGUUUAAAAGAGAAGCAUGUGUGUUUACUUUGAGAUGAUUGCGUCAUAGCCUGAAGCGUAAACUUUCCCUCGAAAGGUCUUCUUCAUAAAAGACCAUUUACUAUUUAUUUUUUUUUUGGGGGGGGGGGGUCGGAAGAUUCCUGGGAAGCGGAUGGGGAUCAAUUGUCACUAUCAGAGUAAAUAGGGGGGGGGAGGACCAUAUGAAACAUGAGCGCCAUGGUUGGGGGGGAAUCAUGAAAAUCACAACUGCAAGCUUAAAAUCUUUUUGCGACACAUCCAAAAUCCUUCGAGCCUUCAGGCAAUUAUCAGUAAGCAGUCACAAAACAAACCUGAUAUUUGACGUAUCUGUCUGUUAUUUGGCAGGUUCGUCCCCGAAAGUGAGCGCGAGUAAAGAUGGCAAAAUUUCAGGAGGAACUAUUGCGGGUAUUGUGGUUGGUGUAAUCGCUCUCAUUAUUGCCAUUGCAGCUGGUGCUGUUUGCUUCAGAAGGCACCGUCGAUUUAAAAGCCAAUACAUGCACAGUCUUAUGGUGGAUAUGGACGAGCUGUAAGAAACUUAACGACUGAGAUGCGAGUCUUUUCUGAUCUUGCAGUCAUCACGUUUUUUGAUGCUGUUGAUUCCACCAAAAGAACAUGGUAUUUCAUGAAUACAAAGGCAAGUUAAAAUGGUCUUCGUGACAGCUUGAAGCAGAAGGAAAUUAAUUCCCUAGGUUUACAUCAGUUUGACUAGGUACAGCAAGAAUUAGUUUUCGUAAAAGAGGAAUGAGGAAGCAAAAAUGGAUUAGUUAUUCGUAGGUCCCCCCAGAUAAAAGGUUUUUUUUCCUACUCUGUUUUGUGGUUAGUUUUGUUGGUUUUCUUGAGAGCAAUUUGGUAUCUUACAUUUGUUGGUUUUGCAAUACACGCUGUGAUUAAAAUCAUUCCUUAGUUCGAAUAGUAUUAUACUUAAUGAGAAAUUACGAAAGGAUGUCUGUCGUCAAAUCUUGAAGUUUUAGACUUAAACUAAAUUAAAUGUCAAACGAGAUCACUUCUCAAAUAAAACACUUGUAGUGAAAGACAUUUUUGGUGAUGUCCCGCUUCAUAAAAGUCAAACCAAGCCCUGAUGGAAAAAGAAAGUCGCAGCUUGAUUGUUCGGUUCAGUACAUCGAUAGAGCGGCGGUUUAUCCCAGGGGGAGGUGUCAUGUUCAGUACAUCGAUAGAGCGGCGGUUUAUCCCAAGGGGAGGUAGCAUGGUAAUUACAUUAAUAGAGCGGCAGUUUAUCUUAGGGGGAGGUAACAUGGUAGAUACACCGAUAAAACGGUGGUUUAUCCCAGGGGGAGGUGUCAUGUUCAGUAGAUUGAUAGAGCGCCUAGGGGGAAGUGUCAUGUUUAUUACAAUGAUGGAUCGGCCAAUAAUACGGUGUAAUAAACACAUAAACACGAGCAUUUCUUACACAGCGUUGAGGGGUUAGAUAAGAUCGAGGCCGUUUUAGAAAGAAUAAACUGGAACAUUUUGAUUCAAACCUCAUUAAAAACUUAUAACAGAUAUAAAACAUAAAUAAAAAGAACUAACAUCACAAAGCAAAAGUUAGUCUGAAAAUGAGACCGGGGAACUCUCUGAAUCCGCCCCUGACACACGAAACUAUUCCAGGAGUCUAUA